UGCUAAACAGCAACCAGUGCGUGAGGACGACCCGUGUUCAAGCCCAUAGACGAUUACCCAAAAACAGACUCUGUUGAGCAGUGCUAAUCCUUUCAUCUAUCCCUCUCUUUCUCUCCGAACACAAAAAGGAUUUUCCGUGAAAGUGACUCGAGUGCGAAAUGAUAUUUUAAGAAACAAAGCGAAUCAGGCCAGAGCCAAAGUGCAAACAAAACGAAAAGUGUUCAGCAGCAAACAUCGCACCCACAAAAGGAUCGGGGCCCAAGGAGCCACAGACUGCACUCCAAUGCAGUCCCCACUGUAGCCCAGAGCAAAGAAUUUCCUUUCUUCGCCCAAACUGAAGCAAUUAACUGAAAAUGUAGCAGUGGCAAGAACAUGGCCCAACUGGAACACCAAAUGCCAUGCGAUGCAACUAGCAUAAAUAAACUGAGAGGAUUCCGUGAUUAGGACGUGUUGUACCCUAACGCUCUAAAUGCAGACGAUAUGGGCACAACAUGGCCUCAGCACAGAUACGACAUUUCUAUAACACACCAACAACAAUUUCUUCAACAACAACGACACGACAACUCUUACAACAAACACUGCAGCAGCAGCAGCACACGAACAACUGCAACAGAAACAAACGGAAGCAAUUUCAAAGCGAAACCUUUUUAUGUCACACAAAAACACAAAGAGAACCGGAGGCAGCAGCAACAGCAACAGCAACAACAGCAACAUUAUGCCAGCCAGCGCAAGCAGGAAGAGGAGCAACAACAACAGCAGCAGCAGCAGCAGAGGCCGGGGGAGCUGCAACAGAUGAUGCAAGAGCGUGGGAAAGUCAUAAAGGUGCAUCAGCCUGGCAAUGGACCACACCUGAGAUCGCUGCCACAAGCCACAAUCACGGAAUGCUGUCCGCAGCUGGCCGCCGGCAAGGACAGCCAUAUCCUCUGGCAUUCGGCGGCAGGACACAUGAGGACGCUGCUACCACUCCUGCUACUGCUGCUACUGCAGCUAAACAGCAGCCAUGCCUGGCUCUGGCUGCUGUGGCCGCCUCUACAGGGACUUCUAAGCAGGCUGGCCUCAGCAGCAACACGACCGGUCCUCGCCUAUCACGCUUAUCUUCCAAUGCCAGUCAAGACUCUACGAAACCACAACGAAAGCUCCUCCAUCAAGAUGGGGCCUCGAACAGCACCAGCACUGGCGAGAAGGCGGACACUCACAGUCCUCCUGCCCCAGUCAGCAUCUUCAUGGAUAUGCAGAAGUUUGCACGCUCUAUAUUUCCGCUUGUUAUCAUCUUCAAUCUGCUGCCCUUGUUCUAUGCAGGGGCAGGCAUUGCUCACUUAGAGUCGUCCGGCGCUGAUGGCGAGCCUUGGAUGCAGCCCGUGGUGACUUAUUUGGAGGUGUCGUCGCGACCCACGAAAUCGCCAAAGUGUGAUCAGACAUUUGUGUCGCGGAUUGGUGGGCCACAGAAUGGCACCUUCUCGGCCCCGCUGCUGCACAACCAUCGCAAUCAUUCGCGCCAAUGCCUCUACACUUUCCUAGCAGGACCUGGCCAGCGCGUCGAAGUAGUUUUUAAAUCGUUUAGUUUAAGAGGAAGUCCACCAGACGGUUCGGCCGUCGGUGAAUUACCAAGCUGUGUUCAUGAGUACAUGGAUAUUUACUCGGAAGUGCAAUCGUCGGAGCCUGCGGAGCUUAUCAAUUCCCCAUUCGGUGGUCGGUACUGUGGCGCCAUACCGCCGCGUCGUCGCAUUUCCAUGUACCGCGCCGUUGCCAUUUCGUUUUUUAGCAACAAGAACGUGUCCACCGAUCUGUUCGAGGGCACGUUUAGGUUUAUAAAUGCAUCGGAAUAUGAAAUUGGCAUACCCAUUGCGGGAUCGCCAUGUUCCUACACGAUAACGCCGAGCAUGAGUGUGAAUAAAACCGGCACGCUCAUAUCGCCAACCUAUCCAGGUGCCUAUCCGAAGGAUAUGUCGUGCACAUAUCAGUUUCUUGGUGAAUCGAAUCAGAGAGUUAGAUUAGAGUUUCGUGAUUUUGAUCUAUUUUUUGGUGGACCACACUGCCCAUUUGACUAUGUGAAAGUGUACGAUGGUCCAGAUAAUUCGUCAGCAUUAAUCGGUACAUAUUGCGGACAGCAAAGAAACUUAGUUUUGUAUUCGAGCGAGUCGAGCCUUUUUGUUCAUUUUUAUACGUUACCGCGCACCGCAAAUACCCAGAAUCGUGGCUUUAAAGGAUUUUAUGAAUUUAGCGAGGGUUUUGUUAAAUUAGAUUUUAUACGUGAAAAUGAUGGCAUUCACAUACGUGGCUCAGAAUGUGAUCAAAAGAUUUUAUCGAAGAAGGAGUCGACUGGCUUUGUGCUCUCCCCCAACUAUCCCUAUCCCUAUAUACCAAAAACUGUAUGUAGAUAUUUCAUCUAUGGCAUGCAGGAUGCCCAGCAUCUGGAGCGUGUGCGCCUCGAGUUUACCAGUACUUUCAACAUACCCCAAGUAAUGCACAAGGACAAGAGCGAAUCCAACUGCACGGAUGGCUAUCUGAAGAUCUAUCUGAAGGGCCAGGAGACGGCCGACGCCUACGACAAGUUCGACUACGAGCUCUGUGGCAACGAGACGCAGCGCGUGAUCAGCGAGGGGCCGCGCCUGGCCAUGGUCUUCAGCUCGGGGGAGCUGCAGGGGCGUGGCUUCAAGGGCAAGUACACCUUCGAGACGGAGUACAAGAUACCCGGCACUGCGGCUCCGGACGGCACCUGCAGCUUCACGUACGUGAGCAGCUCGAAGAAGCGCGGCGAGCUGAACAGUCCGCGCUAUCCCUCGAACUAUCCGUCGGACACGAACUGCUCGUACCUGUUCCUGGCCGAGGCCAACGAGCAGGUGACCAUUGUAUUCGAUCACUUCAAGAUCAAGGCGGACAACAACGCGAAUGCCACGGCCGGUGCAUAUGGGUCGGGCGCCUGCUUUGAGGAUUGGCUGGAGAUGUAUGUCGUCUAUCGGGACAACAACGAUCGCCUGCUGGGCCGCUACUGUGGUCUGACAGCACCCGGACCCGUCGAGAGCCCCCGGGGUGCUGUGGGGCUGCGCAUCACACUGCACACGGACCAGGAGAGCGUGGCCAGCGGCUUCAAGGCGCGCUAUUUCUUCGAGUCGGCCAAGUCGGAUGCCGGCGACUGCGGCGGCAACUUCAGCAACGAGGACUCGGGCAUCAUCACCUCCCCCAACUGGCCGGCGGGCUACAAGGCGCCCGGUCGCGGUCUGGCCUCCAAUGCCUGCAAUUGGGUGAUGACCGCCCGACCCGGCUACAAGUUGUCCAUUCACUUUGAGCAGUUCGGCCUCGAAGGGGAUCCAGCAAAUCGCGGCUGUCCUGCGGCUGUGCUGAGGCUGUGGAUGAAUGUCGACUCUGACCAACCGCCCAUGGAAUUGUGCGGCGAGAAGCCGCCCAUCGAAUACUGGCACUACACCUCCACGGGCCAGACGGCACGCAUUAGUUUCACAACCAGCGACAAGACCGUAGGUGCACAGGGCUUCCGCAUUGUGUGGACUGAGAUACAGGACUCGGGCCCGGGCCCGCCAUCCGUGGGCCUGCACUGCGAGUCCACCUACCACUUCCAGUGCGGCGCUGGCUACUGCAUCUCGGACAAGCUGCGCUGCGACGGCGUCAAGAACUGCGGUCCCGGCGACGAUAGUGACGAAUUGCACUGUACCACGGAAGCGGCCGAGGCGGAUCACGACGUUCUAAUUAUAAUAACACUAAUCGUCGUCUUGUCCCUAAUCUGUCUCCUAUGCACACUCUGUCACUCCAGAAGAAACCGUAGGAACCAUGUGCGCCAAUUGGGCCUGCAUCGGAAUGCGCACUACGACUCACAGACCAGUGCAACGGCGGGUCUCAGCUCCAGUCGGAGGCAUUUGCAGAGUGGCGGGGCUAGUAUAGCGGGCAGUUUGCAUGGCAUCAACAGCGGCAACCUGAUCAUACCACCAGCCCCAUUGCCGCCGACGAGCGUGCCACCGCCGCCCCACAUAUGCAUUGCCGGCGUAGACAUGGGACACGGCCUGAUGUCCAACGGAGAGGAUGACGACGAUGAUGAUCUGGACUUGGACGAGGACGAUCUGGUCGCGGACAUAUUCAUCAACGAUGUGCAUUUCGAUGAGGACAACAUCGAUCAUGUCAACCAAAUGGCGAACGUUUAACGAUGGUUUAGAGCAUUUUUAGGCAUUUUUAUCGUGACUUUCAGUUUCGGUUUUAAGACGCAUUUAGACUAAGGCUAACUAGGUAAAUGGCGAACAGAGCAACUUUGCAGAGCGAGUGAAGUAGUUUUACAUAUAGUACACAGAUACACUGGAGAACACAGAUACAAUCGGACACGUGGUCGAGGCAAGGAGAAAAGAUAAACGACAGAUAAACUGGACAGAACAGAACAGAAGCAGAAACAGUAAUUCAAAAGUUAACAAUACCUAAAAGACAAGAAAUUAUGCAAAAAUGCGAAUUGAUUAAGACAUAUAUUUAAUGAGCGAGCGGAGGAUCUAUAGAGGUAGUAGGUAUUAGAGGAUGAGGAAAACGAUGACGCUAAAUAAGUACAGUAGGGCGAUCAUAUUGUAGUUGCGAUUAACACGAUUAGCGAGGCGCGCGUUUCAAUAGCAGAAGAAAUCGAAGGAUGGAAAGAAUAGGAAGGAUGGAAAGCAACAAACAAAUAAUAGCUACAUUUAAAUAUACUAUAUUAUACACAUAGCGAAAUACGUAUGGCGCAUGGAGAGAGCGCAGGCCGACAGACGGACAGAUGUGUAAAAAGCGAGAAGUAGAAGAAGUGGAAGUGCCGGAAGUACGAUCAUUUUCAUAGCCACAAGAGACCGCAGACAAGGGGAAAACCAAACAAAAAACAAAAUAAUAAAGUUGUUGAUUUUUAUAUUUGAUACGAGUAAUAUUUAGGUGAAGCAUAAAUUGAAUUAAUUAUACAAAAAGCGAGACGAUGAGCGUUAGCGCCAAUAAAUGAAUACACAUUCUCGCGAACCAAAAUCGAUAGAUAAAACCAAUACAGAAUAGAGGCAGCAGCAACACACUAAAGGGCAUAAAACAAUAAUAAUUAACUACCUAAUCAUAUGCGCAUGACAUGACUCCUUAUUUACACAUUUUGUACGUACAAUACAACAAAUCUUCGACACUUGAAGCUACACAAAAAUCAAACAUACAACAAACAAAAAACGAAAAACAAGAACAAGAACCGCAGUGGCGAGAGGUGGAAAAAUGCAUAAAUAAAAGAAUUAGUGACUAUCAAAACUGUAUCUUCCAGCAAAGAGUAAAAGCGCAGAGUUAAAUAAUGCUAGAUCGAGGAGUUUAUAUGCGAAGGAAAUUAAAUAAAGCAUUCAUUAGCGGCCCCAAAAAUGGUAAAUAUUAAAUGGUAAAUGGAUUCGAGAAACGGAAAAGGGUUGGAGAUAAAACGGGAUAAAUUCAAAGAUUUUUGUCUAUUUAAGCACAUUUUUAUAAACAUUUAAGGCGAACAAAAUAUUUAUAAAAAUGUAUACGCUAAAGGGAACGAUAAUAAUAAAAUAAAUUAUACAAGAAACUAAACUAAAAUGAACUAAACACAAAUACAAAUACAAAUACAAAUCGAGGAAUCAAUUUCAAUUUAAUUUCCUUUUCGCCAAACCAAGAUUUGGCAAUCGUUUACAUCCAACUAUUAUUAUAUUAUAGUGUUCAUUUAUUGUAUUGUAAUUAUUUUUAUAUUUAUGUGUAUAUUUUAAGGUUUCGUUCAGUCAGUUUCCUCCGUUUUGGAGCUCUCAAUCGAUAGCAAAUUCCCUAAUGUUUCGUAAAGUAAAAUGAAUAAGUAUUGGUUUCAUAGCGCACGUACGUUUUGCAACAGAAAGCAUUCGAAAUUAAAGCAAAUGGCUUAAAUCAGCGAAGGAAACAUAAAACCGUUUAACGUAAAAACCAUUUAUAAUAAACGUAUGUAGGUGUUACGAAUGCUAAAUUAAUAAAAAAAAAAAAUAAAUAAGUAAUGAGUAAAACAGAAAGUAAAUACAAUUACCUUGAGGAAGUAAAACGUUGUUAAAUUGUUGCAUUAAAAGCGCAUAAUGAUCAAGUAAAUCCUAAGAAAUAAUUCGUAUAAAAAAACUUUAGUUUAAGUGUACAAAUUUUGUUGUUGUAUUGCAUAAAACCAAAUAUAAAAAAAAGGAGGAAGAAACCCAGAAACAAACAAUUCAAUUAGUUAAUAAACAAAAUCGGAAUUUGUGUUUUAGCAAUAAAAAUUAAAAAUAAAUUAAAAAGGAAAUAGUACUAAAGCAGAAAACUAAUGAAAAACGCAAAUAAAAUGUUCGAGAAAGCAAGCCCAAAUGAAACCUACCCCCAAGAAGAGAUGUUUUAAACUAAAAAGCGUUUACUAAG